GAAAAUGAAUAGUUUAGCCUGUAAAAAUUUGAGCGGAAAUAAUUGGAAUUUAUUAUGUGCUAAACCCUCAUUCCCCACCCAAAAACCCUUCAAAAGAAUAGGCGCUCUCCGUUUCCCAUCAGUAUCUUAAAAUUGCAAUCCAUUUCAAACCCCCCUUAAAACCCUUGAAAUCAUGGCCUUUGCAGAGUCCCAAAACCCCUUACGAGUUCAUAGAAUCCCGCAGUCCAGGUACAUCGACGCCGUCCGCUGGCUUUCACCGGUUUCUCCCUCCGACAGAUUCGCAGCCAUCGCCUAUUUCGACGCUGAUACCAACUCUCCCUCCAUCGAAAUCGCAUACGUUGACCCAAACCCUCAAAGCUCGUCUCCAACCUUAACCCCUCAAUCCUCAUGGACCUCACCUUCUCGCAUUUCGUCCCUCAAAACCGCCCACUCUACCCCUCAGCCUCUGCUAGCUGCCGCCACUUUCUCCGGUUCACUUCACAUUUUGGCCUCUGAUUUAAUCAAUGGAGGGGUGAUGGAAUCCGAGGCUACAGUUUCGGAGUUGGGGUUUCAUUCCGGACCUGUGUCGGCCGUGGAUUUAAGGGAAGGUGGGACUGAGUGCGUCAGUGUUGGAGAAGAUGGUAGGGUGAAUUUAGUGAGUUUUGUUGGGGAUUCUUCGAAGCUGAGUUACAGGAGAAUUUUCGACGCGAAUGGGCUAGUGGGUUAUACGGCGGUUAAGUGGGCAUCUCCUAGUGAGUUUGCGACUGGUGGGUAUGGAUUUGGAAUACAAUGGUGGGAUCAGAGAACAUCCGGUGGACCGGUUUUGCAGUUUAAGGGGAACUGGUGCCAGGGUAAAACAUCUGGAAUUGUACACUCAAUUGAUAUUCAUCCAUCGCGGAAACACACUUGUCUGGCAGGGGGCUCUUCAGGCACUGUAUUUGCUUGGGAUCGUAGAGCUGCACAACAGCCUAUUGUUCUUUCUGGUGCUGGGACAGGUGAGGCUCCCAAUUCUUUGUUAUCUGAAAGCGAGGUUUGGGAAGUUCAAUAUGAUCGCUACACUAGGCGUUCGAACAUUAGCAACAUCUCUUCCACACGGAUUCUACCUGUUAUGAUCUGCUCUGAAGAUGGAAUCCUCGCAGUAAUCGAACAAGGUGAAGAACCCUUGGAGCUGUUAGCCGAACCCUGUGCAAUUAACAGCUUUGACAUUGAUCAGCAGAACCCUUCGAAUGUUAUAUGUAGCUUGGAAUGGGAAUCGUUAGCCAUCUUGACAAGGUCUUGAUAUGAAGAAACAAACCUGUCGGUAAGAAACACAACUUAAGCAGUGAUCAGUGAAGUUGAGGAUAUUGAAUAUCAUUAGGCCAUUCUGCAGGUCUUAGUAGAAAUAGAACGACUAAUUAUUUGGGUUCUCAAAGUGGAUAUGCCCUGGGAAAUAUAUUAUAUCAACCCAUAAAAUGGAAUGGAUUGUUUCCAUUUGGCUUAAUAGAUGUGCAAGGAAGAAAGAAAGUUACCCAUUUGAUGGUUAAACCUAAAAUCACAUGUCUUCUUCAUUAGCCAUUACGUUUGAAGCUUGCUUGAAAAAAAUUGAUUAAAUUGAAUCUAAUUCGAAUUUGUUUGAUUGGAA